AUGAAUGCUAUCAUUUGCUAUGCUUCGGUCGCAUUGCUCCUUCUGCCUUUCUCGCUAUGCACACGUGAGGAGACGAAGAUCUUACUCGGGUUUAAAUCCAGCCUUGAUGGAAAUGCCACGAUCUUAAGCGACUGGAAGAACAGUGGCAGCAAUUACUCAAGUCCCUGUGGCUGGGAAGGAGUCGCCUGUAGCAAUUCUUCUGUCCGAUCGAUCCAUCUCUCUGGUAUGAACUUGCGUGGACGCCUCAGUGGAAUCAACAAUCUUUGCCAGCUUCCAGCCUUGGAGAGCAUCGACCUGUCAAGCAACAAUUUCAGUGGAGGAUUUCCAGACCAGUUGAUCGAGUGUGUCAAGCUUAGAUACCUCAACUUGAGCUUCAAUGGCAUCUCUGGUGAGCUUCCUGCGUCGGGCUUCCGCAAUCUUAGCCGGCUGCUGGUGCUUGAUCUCUCGCGGAAUGGAAUACAGGGACAAAUCCCUUGGGACAUGAUGCGCAUAGAGACCUUGCGACUACUUGAUCUCUCCAGGAACAACCUGAGUGGCACUAUUCCCUGGAACAUCAGCAUGAUCAAUCUAAGAAUGUUGUCCCUGGCAAAGAACAAGCUAACUGGAGAAAUACCUGGUGAGUUUGGCAGACUGUCCAGGCUCCGCGAGCUCCAGCUGUGGAAGAACAUCCUUUCGGGGAGGAUUCCUCUCGCAUUUUCUCAGCUCAGGCGGUUGGAAGUGUUGCGACUAGCAGGGAACAACCUGAGCGGUGGCAUCCCCGUGGAACUGGCCAGGCUUCCCAGCUUGAGACGCAUUUCGGUCUUUGAAAACAGACUUGGCGGUGAGAUCCCACAAGAGUUUGGCCUCCACUCUGCGCUGGAAGACUUCGAGGCAGCACUGAACGGUUUAACUGGUCCAUUACCAGCAAAUCUUUGUCGAGGUGAUCGCCUCAGCUUCGUCGGUCUGGAUGGAAACAAUCUCUCCGGCAGCAUUCCUCCUUCAUACUCCAACUGUACAAAACUGGAAGUCUUCUAUGCACCCAGCAACCAGCUCGAAGGGACCAUUCCCGCCAGCUUUUUCACUCCAAGUCUACUGGCCCUCAACCUCUGCAGUAACCAGCUCCAUGGCAGCCUUCCGGCGAGCAUCGGCAACGCUACAUCACUUGCCUUCCUCGGAAUUUGCAACAACGAGCUCAGUGGAGAGCUUCCUGCUGGACUUGCAAACCUGGUUGAUCUGCUGGACUUCUCCGCAGGAAACAACAGGUUCUCGGGCUCCAUCCCGCCAAGCUUGUUCUCUAGACCGGUCAUGCUGGAUGUCUCCGGCAACAACUUCAGUGGAGAACUUGGCAUCGACAACAGCAGCAGCCAUCUCGUCUUCAUGGACUUGAGCAGGAACCAGCUCACUGGAAGCUUGCGAAGUGAGCUCUGUGGUUUCAUCAACAUGCACGUACUCAGCCUGGCCUUCAACCAUCUCGACGGCUUCAUUCCAGACUGCCUUGGAAACCUGUCCUCGUUGCAAAUCCUCGACCUCUCGCACAACUCUUUGCGAGGAGAGUUCCCAAGUGAGCUCCAGGGACUCCGAGGAUUGCAAGUCGUCCCUCAAGGCAACAGGCCGGCGUUCCCGUUCUUCCCAAGAACCACCGACUGGAAGCCUUUUCUAGCGCAGUGGACUCAGAUGUUUGGAGACUCGGUAUACUUCGACUGGAGGACGGCAUUCCUAGAUAGCCGGAACUUGUUCCGGCAAAUGCAAGGCUACUCCAUCCUUGUCGACUGGAAAGGAACGUUUCGGCUGGUUGGAGAUGUAUUUACCACCACCACCACCAUAGAUGUGUCGUCCAACAGGCUCACGGGCUCCAUUCCACCAGAGCUGGGAAGACUCAUCGCCCUCCGGAGCUUAAAUCUCUCGUUCAACAGCUUCUCUGGAGGAAUUCCUGGCGAGAUUGGUCAGCUCCAAAACCUGGAAUCCCUGGAUGUAUCCAGCAACCACUUAUCUGGCCAGAUUCCAUCCUCGCUCACUAACCUUGGAUACCUGGCCAGCUUCAAUGCCAGCAGCAACGAUCUGCGAGGAAGAAUCCCAAGCGAGAAUACCUUCAACACCAGAUUUCCGGCGUCGUGCUUCCAAUCGAACAGCGGUCUGUGCGGAUUACCCCUGAUCAAGAGCUGCGGCGACACCAAUGCGGAAGAAAUGGCGGCGCCACAUGCCACAGAUAUUUCGGUCGAGGCAUUUGCAAUCGGCACCCUCGCCGGCUUCGUGUCCGCGCUGGCCGUGACUCUGUUCUUUUAUCGCCCAUAA